AUGUCGUCCCCAUCUUAUGAAGAUUCAAAAUUAAAUAAUUCAUUAAUUAAUAAGAUAAUAGUACCAUCAGGUUCAUCAUUGAUAGAUUUACUCAAUCAACAAUCAUCUCAAACAACAACUGAAGAUGAUUCAAUACCAACUAUGCUUAGUAACAAAGCAAGACAACGUAUCGAACAAAUCCAAAAUUCAGAAUCAAAUGGUAGAGAAAAUGAACGACUAUCCUCAUUAUUCAAUACAACUGGUCGUGAACGUAAUACUACAACACCUUUAAAAAAAUGGCUAUAUGAACAUCAAGAUAAUCCAUAUCCAACAGAAAGUGAAAGGCAAGAAUUAAUGAAAAAAACCAGUAUGUCUGCAUAUCAAAUACAAGUAUGGUUUACAAAUGCUCGUGUACAAAUGCGUAAAGCAAAGACACAAUCUACAGAAAAGUCAGAAGAAAAUAAAAAUAAAAACCAAAAGGAUAAUUCAAAUAAUGUGGCAGCAACUAUAGAUUUAACAGUAUCAUCUGAUGAUGAAAAAAAUGAAUCACAUAUUGAUUUAUCAAUGUUACUUGACAAUACAAAAGUUAAAGUACAUAUUAAUUCACCAAUUCCAUUAAAUCAUAAACGAAUCAUUUUGGCAUAUUCUUGUUUAAUUGGUACUGAACUGGUUGGUCUUCGUUGUUUAGUAUCGAUGUAUCCUAAUCAAUUAUCAAUAUCUGAUGGUAUUACUGAUCAUACAACUCAUUUAAUUAUCGGAAGAGAAGAAAAAGCAUUAUUAUGUCCAUUAACAACGAAAUUAUUUCAAGCAAUUGCUCGUCAUUUAUAUAUUCUAUCAUAUAAAUGGAUUAGGCAAUGUUUAAAACAAAAUGAUCUUAUUGAUGAAACUGAUUAUGAAAUGCGUGGAGAUAUUCCAUUUGGUGAAUAUCAUGAUGGAAUGAGAAAAAGUCGAUUAUCAAAAGAUACUAAAUUAUUUGAAAAAUGUCAAUUUUUUCUUUUAUGUGAUGGUUGUCAAGAUAGAAUGUCAAAAAAUGAACUGUGUGCUUUAAUUAAACUAUGUCAUGGUUCAAUUCUUUCUACAUUUCCAUUAACAUCAGCCAGUGAUAGUUCAACAUUGACUAUUAUUCUGUGCAAUGCCUUACUUCCAUUUGAGUCUGCCAAUCAACAACAAUUAUUUCAAUUAUGUCGUUCAAAUGGUGUUCAUUUUCUUAGUCCUGAAUGGAUUAUUGAAUCCAUUGUUCAAUUUACUUUACAACCAUUUGAUUCUUAUGAAGAAACGUUUUAA